CACACACACACACACACCUACCCUCUAUUCCAAACCACACAUGCUGGUGUUUUUUUAUUUUUAGCCCAGAUCUGGUUUCUAGUUCCCCAUUCUGCGAAGGGAAGCGUUCAGCAACACAUCUCUCCGUGACCUGGUUUGCGCAGGCAUAAACUCGGAUUCUCCUUGAGUCGUUGGCACCAUGGAACUGGAGCUGUCCAGGUGUUUAUAACCGGAUGUAAAAUACCAUGAAGCGCGAAGAUGUAAAACAAAGAGGGGAUUCUGAAAAUGCAAAGUAAUUGCGACCACUAUUGGCUAUUCUUCUGAAUAAUUGUCUCGUGAAAUAGUCUGAUAAACUGAAGCUCGAGUGAACUAAUAAACCCCUGUGAGAAGAGCAGCUUUUACCAGCAACAUUAUUCAGUCUUCUACCAGAACAAGGUGACCUGUCCUUCACCCAGGCGCCUGCAGCCGCAAAGUAUUCGACUGCAUGGAUAUCGUAUCUCUCAGCUCGGCCCGAAAUUAAUCAGUUACAGCUCAGAGAGAGAGAGUAGCCGAUAGCAGCAUACACACACAAGCGUUGCAGCAAUGGUGGACCACUGUGACCUACCUCAUAAAGGGAGAAUUAGACUGUUAGCCAAUACUACAGUCUCUCUUCUCCUCAGCCCCCUGCUACAGCCGGACAUAGAUCGUUAUCGCUCCCACCGCAAGUUCAACUGUUGCUAUGAUGAGACCAAAUGUGAGACUGCACGCCCUGUGAACUUGGCUGAAGGUAAGAGGGAGAGCAGGCACAUCGACGGAGACAUCGGACAGAGGGGGGAGUUGCAGAAGAGGAGGAAGUGAGGAACAAAACUACAGACUACUGACAAAAAGAUGCAAAGAAUCCCCAUGCACAGAGCAUGAGGUGGAGAGUUGGAAAAUAUUAGAGAGGGAGAAGACUGCAUUGUAUUAGCUUUUUUAAUUCAAUGAGGGUCCCACCCUGGUUUCCUGCUGCAACAUUAUUGACUGAAAUUAGCAGGAGAAGCUAAACGGCUAUAACCUAGUGUAGUACUGUCAUGCCCUGCACUACCAUUGAGAAUAAAACCUGCCUUCCAUAAUGGCAUCUUUCAUACUGCACCAUCUAGACGUCACUGGAAACAUGAGGUACAUUCACAAAUGUUAGCCUAGCAGGUCUAGGACCAGACAAUUUAUUUGUACCAAAAAGCAGAAGUUGUGAUCGAAUCUCAGACCAACUUCCUCAACAUCCUGACUUGGUGUCAGCAUCAUUUGCUUCGCCACAGCAAACCUUCAUUGGGGUGUUUUGAAGUAAAACAAUUGGUCUGAAGUUGCUCUGAGAAUGAUGACCAUGUCUGUGCUGGCCACCGCCGGACCAGAAAGCGGGGUGAACCAGCUCGUCCCCAUCCCCACGCUGAACAUCCUCCCCCCGUCCUCAGACACUGAGGCCUGGUCCCGCUUUCCCAGCCCCCGGCCUCCCCGCCGCCACCGUAGCAGAGGCCGGACCAAGAAGAGGAGCGAUGGAGAACAAGAGGAGUCAUCCAAACCCCGGGGGAACGGCACUGAGGAGGAGAGGGUGAAGGGGAGCGCAACUCCUCAAAGAAGCCCCUCACCUCUCCCUUCACCCCUCUUGCCCCCCCAUGUGGAGGACGCAGUCCUGGGCCCUUCCCUGGACCUCUUGCUACCCCCGUCGUCUCGCACCUCCUGGUCACGUAGCUCGUCUCUCGGCCGGCGUUCACGCUGGUCCCUCAGGAGUCUGCUCAGCAGGGAGUCUGACUGGGACAGCUGCAGUACCGCCAGUAACUCUCCGCGCAGCACCCCUGGCAGCUCCCCCUCUCUGCGCCGCCGGGUGCUGGGGGGUAGUGGUGGGGGUGGAAGCAGGACCAGCGACGUGGAGGGUGGCCCGGUGGAGCGCAGUGGGGAAAGGAGAGGUUCGGACAGCCCCCUGCCCUCCGCCGCCGCUUCCGCUUACCCCGUGGCCUCACGCCAUUUCAGCCGCAACGCCAAGAAAAUGCAGAGCUGGUACAAUGUUCUCAGUCCAACUUAUAAACAGCGCAAUGAGGAUUUCCGUAAACUCUUCAAGAAGCUGCCAGACACAGAACGCCUCAUAGUGGACUACUCAUGUGCGCUGCAGAAAGACAUCCUACUCCAGGGGAGACUCUAUCUGUCAGAGAACUGGCUCUGCUUCUAUAGCAAUAUCUUCCGUUGGGAAACCACUAUCACAAUCCUGCUGAAAGAUGUGACCACCCUGACGAAGGAGAAGACUGCCAAGGUCAUCCCCAACGCCAUUCAGAUCAGCACCGACCACGACAAGCACUUCUUCACGUCUUUCGGGGCGAGGGACCGCAGCUACAUGAUGAUUUUCAGACUGUGGCAGAACGCACUGAUGGACAAGCCUCUGUCCCCAAAGGAGCUGUGGCACAUAGUCCAUCAGUGUUACGGCACUGAGCUGGGCCUCACCAGUGAAGACGAUGACUAUGUUUCCCCCACCGACGAGCACAUUAACGGUCUACUGCCAGUGGACGAGUCAGUCUCUAUCUCUGACCUGUUGGACCUCAGCUCCUUGGGGGCCAUAGCUUCUCUGGGCAGCUCGCCCCCCUCCAUGGCAGCCUUGUUCCCCAGUGGCCCCCUCCUAGCCAGCGGUGGUCUGGGCUCCUCUCCCCCCUCCUCAUCCACCUGUCUGCCCGUAGACAUCCCCGGCAGCCCCUCCCUCGACCCCCCGGACCCCAGCCCGCCCAGCUCCCAGAGCUCCCUGCCCUCCACCACACACACCGCCUCCUUGUCCGCCCCCGCCUCGGCUGCUGCCUCUUUCUAUGUGGAGGAGGGCGGGGACAGCCUGUUGGAGUCUGCCAAUCACAUGAUGCCCCCGUCUGCCACCAGCCUGGGAAACCUCUCCUCAUUGGACCAGCUCACCAACGACGACGAGCUGCCCACCGACCCCAGCAACUCCUCAGACACACAGGAAGAGGACGAGGUGGAGUCGCUCUGUGCGGACCUGGCUGGCCGGCUGCACAUCAACAUGGUGGUGCACAUGAGCGUGGACAAGCUGCACGACCUGCUCUUCUCCGCAGACACACACUUCAUCCAGCAUCUCUUCUCCCAGCGGCACUUCACAGACCUGUCAGUUCGUGAGUGGCAGCAGGACAGCUGCAGUGGGAACACCAACCGGAUCCUGAGUUACACCAUCGCCAUCAACAACCCCCUGGGCCCCAAGACCGCCCCCGUCGUGGAGACUCAGACGCUGUUUAAGAACAGUGCGCCGGGCGAGUGUUACGUGGUGGACUCGGAGGUCAUUACCUCAGGCAUCCCCUACCAGGACUACUUCUACACCGUGCACCGCUACUGCCUCACCGCCAUCAACAAGAACAAGAGCAGACUCCGGGUGUCGUCAGAUAUCUGCUACAAGAAGCAGCCGUGGAGCCUGGUGAAGGCGCUCAUCGAGAAGAACACCUGGAGCGGCAUCGAGGAGUACUACAGACACAUGGAGAGUGAGGUGUGUAAGCUGGAGACCCUGCUCCAGUCUGAGGUGUCAGUGGUGACCUCUGGGGAUGUGGUGGGGGCAGACUCUGCCAAGACACCCCCGGCCCUGCGGCGACGCAAACGCACCUGCUCCCGGCGCCUGGGGGACCGGGAAAGAGAGGGAGGUGGAGAGCGCGGGGACCGAGGGAUAGGAGAGGAGCGGAGAGAGGCGGGUGGUCAGUACAAGCACGGAGAGCGGUCGCGUGGCGGAGGCAACAGCAUCUCUACCAUACUGCUCAUAGUCAGCUUCAUUCUGGUGGUGUUGGUGGCCCUCAACAUGCUCUUGUUUUACAAGCUGUGUUCUCUGGAGAGAGCUGCACACACGCUGGAGACGUGGCACUCCUUCUCUCUGUCUGACAGUCCUCUACCCCAGUCUGCAGGAGAGUGGGCCCAGGUGUUGCAGCUCCAGAGACAGUUCCACCAGGCCCAGCUGGGCAAAUGGCAACAGAUCCUCCAAUCCUCAGUCACUCUGCUAGACCAGAUGAAACAGUCGUUGGAAAAGCUCCACCGAGGCGUCGUCACUCCAGAAGUCCAGCAGGAUCCCCCCUCGAACCCCACUUCAGAGUCUCUCACUGAGCACUGAUCCUCCCUCCCUCCACCCUCCAACCUCCAGCCCUCAAGUGGGUAUGAAUAGACCACGGGGGAGAGAGCCAAGGGGGUCCAGCUGGGCCACUCAGGGAGAGUGACGCUCUCUCACACGAUCCCAAGCUCCGCUCCUGCUUCUCUACUCAAAACAGACAUGGAGAGAUGUGGGGGGGUCCGGGGGGGGUCCCCACCCCACGCCUCAGUCUGAGCAACCUGCAAUGGGGUGGGUGGUGAGUGACCUUUGGGGGGGUACUACACUACCCAUAACUCCCCACACCUCAGUCUGAGUAACCUGCAAUGGCAAAGUUCCACCUUCUGUAGUCACCACCUUCUCUCACGUCCAGACAGUUAAACUGGGAAUGUCUUCAGGACUGCAGCAAUAACAUAGCAUGGUGAGCCAACCAUAUCUCCCACAGUCAGGGCUAACGGCUGGCCAGUUUGUAUAGUACCAUCUGCUCCUCACAUGCAACCAACCAUGCUGCUCACCCUGAACCAUCUCCCCUGCCUGAGAAUCCAAGAGACAUUUUCUAAAGAAAACGGACGAUCUACUGCAUUUCAUCAUGUGCAGCCCUGCUGCUUUCAUAAUGGACUGACUUGACUUGGACCGACUGCAUUUCUCAAAAUGGGCCAACCCAGAUUAACUUUGCGUUUCAAAAUGGAUGGAAUCUGACAUUUGGGAAAUUGGGAGCUUUCCCAGCCCUGAUAAACAGCUAUGGCUCUGUUCCCAGCUGAAACCAUCCUAGGGGACUUAUGUGCCUCGGUGUGAGGGGUCCGCUCAGCUAAGUCCCCCUUGAGCCUCUGGAAAUGAGGGACACAUGACGAGAGAGGGGAAAGCUCUGAUGGAUUACAGAAAGUCUCCUGUUUCUAACUCUUUUUUUUCUUUUUUUUUUCUUCGUUCUCUCUCUCUCUCAUUCUCUCCAUCUGGGAUCAGCAGCUUCCAUCUUAGACUUGAUCUGCUAUUGGAGAAUCAUUUCGAAACAAUACUUUAUUUUUUAUUUUUUAGAUGUUAAUAGUAUAAAAAGACUCCUAAAUCCUCUACUAGCUCGUUUUUAUCGUUAGCUGUCUUUUUGAGGGUGACUGGGUUGUUUUGAGAAUUGAGAGCGAAUGAUGAGUGUGCGCGCCAGACCGUUACAGUAUUUAUUUAGCACGACUUUGAUUUCGAAAAGUCCUGUCCCACUCUCAACGCGAGUGAUUUCUUUUUUUCCGAUUUAUGUUCUGUGUUAAUACUUCAGCACGGACCAAGAAAGAGCUAUUAGGUUAAUCUUUUCUAUUUACUGGUCCUAGCAAUAAUGAUAUUUGGUGAUUUUAUACUACUUUUUACACAUUCAAAAGUAGUGUAUCUCUAAAGUGUGUUUAGAGCAAAAUGAGACAAGCAAGCGAAGAUCUGGAGUUGGACAAGAAGACGGAGAUAUAUAUGUAUUAGAAAGAAGUAUCCUCAAUGUUACAUCGUCACUGUUACAUUUGGUAUUAUUAAGAUCAGUAUGAUUAUGAGUUUGUUUUUGUCGGAUACGUUUUUUGUUUUUCGCACUUGGUCAACUUCUGAUUGUGUUAUUGGAUCGGACUUGAAGUGUUUCAGGGUUACUGACUGUACUCUGUAGACCAGGCUCUGCGUACCAAAUAGCACCCCAUUUCCUUUAUAGUGUAGUGCACUACAUAGGAAAUAAUGUGCCCUUGGGGACGCAGACUUUGCAGACCAGGUAAACAGAGAGAUGCAAUAAACUAGUGACUUUCUAGUGUAAACUGGGCUGGACUUAAAAAGGACCAACCAGAAGUGUAGGCCUGGAUAAAGGGAAACUAUUGCAGUAUUGUUUUUGUGAGUUCAAAUUGAUGUUUAUAUGUUAUUCCUUUUCAUUUUAUAUCUUUAUUUUGUAGUCUAUCUUGUUUCUUAUUGUUUUUGUUUGUCGGAAGGUCAUCUCAUUUUAUUUUCUGCUCACCCCCCCCUCUGAUUCCCUCUCACUGUCUAUCAAAAACCAUCUUCUCUCUUCCUAAUUAUUUUCCUUUUCAUCCCCCCUCCUGUUGUCUUUUUCACUCUUCCUCUCUCUCUUUCCUCGUUGUACUGCCUCCCCCCCACUCCUUCCGUCUCUUGCCUGUCAGCUGUGUAAGUGUGUGAGCCUUGCUGUGCACGGCCAAACAGUGAGUGAUCAAAGGAUGUACUAUAUUUAUUAGGCUCAGGGGGGUGGGGGGUCGGGGGAGCAAAUGUACUGUAAAAGAUUUGAUUGUACACAAUGCCCUGGAGAGAAAUGAAAAGUUCUAAAAUAUGCAACAACUCAUCGGAGUCUUAUAUUUUUUUUUAAGUGUGUGUGUCGUCAACCAUUUUCAUAAAGUUUAACUAAAAAAAGUAUUUAAAAACA